AUGGUGGCUUCGGGGACCUCCCGCGCGAGGGCGAGGCCCCUGCUCCCGGAGGACCCCGCCGCCUUGUCAAACGCAGCAGCAGUGGAAGGCCGUCUCGCGCAUGACAGCCGCCACACACUCGAGGCAGUGCGCCAUGGAGUCGUACCAGAGCGCCGGCGGGUCGUCGACGUUCACGAGGUGCCGACGCCGCGAGCAAAUCUGCCGCCCUCUUCCUCUCCACCACCAACAUCAGGCCGCAGCCGCACCACUCCGCUCCCUUUCUACCACAACCUCCACUCCCCUACCUCCCGUGGCCGUGGGAUGUGCAUGAAACUGCUCCUAGCAAUGCAACAGAUUGCGUUGAUGAAAGGGUACCAAAGGUUGGCAUGCAAUUUGUAUCUGAAGAGGAAGCUUACUCCUUUUAUAACAAGAUUCCGUGCAGAAGAUAAGAGAGAGGAUUCUUUCAGUUACAGUAGGCCCGAAACACGAUGUGGCUGUCAAGCCCAUAUGAAGAUAAGUCUCAAAAAUGGAUUAUAUUAUGUGUAUGAAUUUGAGGCUGCACAUAAUCGUAAUCUUGCUACUGGAGACAUGGCCUUAUACUUAAGAUCCCAAAGAAAAGUGACCGAAGCACAAAUAGCAAAUGUUGAGGUCGCAAAGUCUGUAGGCAUUUCGAAUAAAGCAACUAUUGAUCUUAUGGCCAAAGAAGCAUGUGGACUUCCAAAUCUUGGGUUUGCACCUGAAGAUAUGAAAAAUCGUUUGUACUCUAAGAGAACAUUGCAAGCAAAGAAAGGAGACACAGGGGGAGUGUUAGAAUACAUGGAGAAGAAGGUAAAAGAAGAUGCCAAUUUUUUCUAUUCAAUUCAAGUUGAUGAGGAUGAUCUGAUAACUAAUAUUUUCUGGGCUGACUCGAAAAUGAUAUCGGACUAUGCAAUGUUUGGUGAUGUUAUAUGCUUUGACACCACAUAUAGGAAACUAGAUGAUGGGCGUCCCUUUGGUUUGAUUGUUUGGGUGAAUAAUCACAAGAAAACUAUGGUCUUUGGUGCUACACUUCUCUAUGAUGAAACUGCUGAAAGUUUUGGUUGGCUUUUUAGAACAUUUCUAACAGCCAUGUCUGGAAAACAUCCAAGGACUAUUCUGACCGAUGAAGAUGCAGCAAUGGCCAAGGCAAUUAGUAAAGUCCUUCCUCACUCUCACCAUAGACUUUGCGUGUGGCAUAUGAAUCAAAAUGCUUGCAAGCACCUUGCUGGGGUUGUUGAAGAAUAUAAGAAGUUCAAUGCUGAUUUUCAGCAUUGUAUCUAUGAUAUUGAGGAAGAAGAAGAUUUUAUAAAUGAAUGGAAUAGAAUGCUAGAAAGAUAUGGACUACGUGACAAUACGUGGCUGCAAAGGUUGUUUGAGAAAAGGGAGCAAUGGGCACUAGUGUAUGGCAGAAAUACAUUCUCAGCCCACAUGAGCACUACCCAAAGAAGUGAAAGCAUGAAUAAUGAACUAAAGCGGUACAUUAGUAUUAAAUAUGACAUGCUUACUUUUUUCGAGCAUUUUGAGCGCCUAGUUGCGGAUAAAAGAUUUGUAGAGGUCAAGUGUGACUUCAAGGCCUCACAAAGUACUCCCAAGCUGAAGGCAGAAGGUAGCUAUGUGUUAAGGCAAGCCGCAACUACAUAUACUCCCGCAAUAUUCAAGAUGUUUCAGGAGCAAGUGCUUCGGACCCUGAACUAUGACACAUUUCUUUGUGAUUCAAGUGAUGAAGAGAAGAAGGUUUAUACAGUAAAAUUUCAUGGAACGCAACGUGAGCAUGUUGUCAGUUUUUAUCCAAACGAAGAAAAAGUCAGUUGCAGUUGCAAGAAGUUUGAAUUUGCUGGAAUCCUCUGCUCUCAUUGCUUAAAGAUACUUGAUAUUAAUAAUAUCAAGCAUAUCCCUGAACAAUAUAUAUUGAAAAGAUGGACAGUUGAUGCGAAAGUGCUAGAGAUAACAAGCAACCGCAAUUUGCACGAGGAUCUAAAAGCAAGAAUGACAAACUUUUACAAGGACUUGUGCAGAAUGUUUAUCCACAUAGCUGCUCGCGCCGCAGAGUCCGAUGAAACAUAUGAUAUGGCUGCUAAAUGCGCAGAGCAGCUAGCACGAGAUGUGGAGCAAAGCUUGAAAGUUAGAGUUGAUCCAGACCCAAAUCCGGAUUUGGGUGACUCCUCUGUUUCACAAGGUCUGAACAUCGAGUCUACUAGAGUUUCAAAGCAUAACGAGGGGCUUCACAUGCCAAGAGGUUCAUCUGGGAGCUCCGCCAAAUCAUGUGUACCCCUAUUUAGCACAUUACAACCCAAGUAUGCAACAAUCCAUUGGUCUGUCGACCCCUACGAUGAUGCUAGGACAAAAUCUAUUACUCUUCCAACAACAGACUCGUACCAGUGGUACUUGUACCCCUAUGAUGAUGACAGGACAUAA